AUGGUCUCCGACAAUCACUCACUCUACACAUCCGAUCUCCUGAUGGCGCACCUCCGAAGACAAGAGGCCUUCAAUGAUUCCGACUAUGAGUCGUGUCCGGUCGGAGGCGAGUGGUGGAAGUGUGAAGAUGUCAACUAUCCGACAUUUAUCGGAUGUUGUUCAAGCAAUCCCUGCUCUGGACAGUUGUGCCCUCAGAGCAACUUGUAUCCUAUGGGUUUUGGCCCGGUCACUAGUCCAGUGCCGGACUACCCGAAUCAUUCGUGCCCAUAUGGCGGACUGUGGUAUACUUGCGCCGACAAUUCUGUUCCCUUCCAAGGCUGCUGCGCCAGCAAUCCGUGCAAUGGCCAAGGAUGCCCCGCCUCUGAUUUACGACCUGCCGGUGUUCAUACGGUGGUCCUGGCUGGAGGCUCGACCUACACAGUUCCCUCCUCGGUUGCAACGACGGCUUCAGCUUCUAUCUCGCCGGCAUAUGCUACGACAACAUCGAGCACGGCGUUGCCACAACCAGUCUCGAAAACAGUUGAUACAGCUGCUGUAGCAGGCGGCGCCGCUGCCGCUGCAGUAGCCUUGACUAUCAUCAUUGGGCUCGCGGUCUAUUGCCUCAUACGGCGCAGAAGAAUGAAAAAGGCUCUACAAGAAACCGCUCAGCCUGGACAAGGGCCACAAGAAUACAAGCCAUUCUACAAGGAUCCUUUCGGUACAGUGGCCUCAGCCUUAACACCCCUUCCUCGAUACUCGGGAAGCGCUUCCGCUAUUCAAAGCCCUUUCUCGUCUGUACCUGCUUAUUACUCGCCCCGAGCACCCAAGCCUCAAGAUGGAGAGCCUCAAGAGAUCAUGGGCCUCGGCCUAACCGCAGAUGAAUUCAAUCGACGCAAUAAAUCCAGAUCACCCGUCAACCACAUUGUCGACGGCCCUAUUGAACUUGCCACCCACCGCUUCUCGGCCAACCAACCCGAUGCGGAGGCUGCAAGCCCUCUUUUAGAGUCAAAACCGAAGGACAGACCGACCAAAAGAUUGACGAAAGCCGGAGAGCCAGAUUCGCGAGCGCGAUUGCGAAACCGUGCAGCAGUUUUUGACUUGCGCGCAGAAGUGUCGCGGAGUCCUUCAAGAGGGCCGGCGCGAGGUUUCGAGUCCGACGACUGA